UUCCGGCUCUAUCUCAGGGAGGUCGGAAGGGGGCGAGGCUAACUGACAGGCGUCCCCAAGCUUCCCUAGACCCGAAUAGCCGUAACUCGCAACAGCGCUGCAGUCAUGUGUGGAAUAUUCGCUUAUCUUAACUACCACGUGCCAAGGACACGGCGGGACAUCCUUGAGAUCCUCCUCAAAGGUCUGAGACGCCUGGAAUACAGAGGCUACGACUCAGCGGGUGUGGGAAUCGAUGGAGGCAACAACAAGGACUGGGAGUCAAAUGCCAAGACUAUCCAGCUGAUCAAGCAACGUGGAAAAGUUAAGGCUCUCGAUGAGGAGAUUAACAAGCAGCAGGAUAUUGACCUGGAUGUGGAAUUCGAUGUUCACCUUGGCAUUGCUCACACCCGCUGGGCGACCCACGGCGUGCCCAGCCCAGUCAACAGUCACCCACAGAGAUCGGACAAGAACAACGAGUUCAUUGUAAUUCACAACGGGAUUAUUACCAACUACAAAGACCUGAGGAAGUUCCUGGAGAGCAAAGGCUAUGAGUUCGAGUCAGAGACCGAUACUGAGACUAUUGCCAAGCUGGUGAAGUACAUGUAUGACAAUAGGGAAAGUGACGACAUCAAUUUUGCCACGCUGGUGGAGCGAGUGACGCAGCAGCUGGAAGGAGCCUUUGCUCUGGUCUUCAAGAGCGUCCAUUACCCUGGAGAGGCAGUUGGCACAAGGAGAGGAAGUCCACUCCUGAUGGGAGUGCGCAGUGAUCACAAGCUGUCCGCUGAUCACAUCCCAGUGCUCUACCGCUCCUGUAAUUAUUUCUGCGUCUGUUCCUUGUCUGAUCAAUCACAGUUUUCUAUAAAAUAUUGGAACUUUAGCCCUCAUUGUUUUAUUUCUCCAGCUGGAAAAGACAAAAAGGGCUGCAGUGCCCUGCCCAGGACUGAUCAGGACACCUGCCUGUUCCCAGUGGACGAGAAAGCCGUGGAGUACUACUUUGCAUCUGACGCGAGUGCUGUAAUCGAGCACACCAACCGGGUGAUCUUCCUGGAGGAUGACGACGUGGCGGCUGUGAUGGAAGGCCGGCUGUCCAUCCACAGGAUAAAGCGCCGGGCAGGGGACUACCCGGCCCGCGCCAUCCAGACCCUGCAGAUGGAGCUGCAGCAGAUUAUGAAGGGCAACUUCAGCUCCUUCAUGCAGAAGGAGAUCUUUGAGCAGCCAGAGUCUGUGGUAAACACCAUGAGGGGCAGAAUCAACUUUGACGACAACACAGUAACUCUGGGUGGACUGAAGGACCACAUCAAAGAAAUCCAAAGAUGUCGGCGGCUUAUUCUGAUCGCUUGCGGCACCAGCUACCAUGCUGGGGUGGCUACCCGGCAGGUUCUGGAGGAGCUUACCGAGCUGCCGGUCAUGGUGGAGCUGGCCAGUGAUUUCUUGGACAGAAACACCCCCGUCUUCCGAGACGACGUCUGCUUUUUCAUCAGCCAGUCAGGGGAGACUGCUGACAGCCUCAUGGCUCUGCGCUACUCCAAGGAGAGAGGCGCUCUGACGGUCGGCAUCACCAACACCGUGGGCAGCUCCAUCUCCAGGGAGACGGACUGUGGCGUCCACAUCAACGCUGGGCCCGAGAUCGGAGUGGCCAGCACCAAGGCCUACACCAGCCAGUUUGUGGCUCUGAUCAUGUUCGCGCUGCUGAUGUGUGACGACAGAAUUUCCAUGCAGCCCAGACGCCGUGAAAUAAUCCAGGGCCUGAGAGUCCUUCCAGAUCUGAUUAAGGAGGUCCUCAGUUUGGAUGAUGAGAUCCAGAAGUUGGCCACAGAGCUGUACCAGCAGAAGAGCGUGCUGAUCAUGGGCAGAGGAUACCAUUAUGCAACGUGCUUGGAAGGAGCACUGAAAAUCAAGGAAAUCACCUACAUGCACUCAGAGGGUAUCCUGGCCGGAGAGCUGAAGCACGGUCCGCUGGCCCUGGUGGAUAAACUCAUGCCCGUUAUCAUGAUCAUCAUGAGGGACCACACCUACAUCAAAUGCCAGAACGCCCUGCAGCAGAUCGUUGCACGUCAAGGUCGCCCCAUAGUGAUCUGUGACAAAGAUGACAGCGAGACCAUGAAAAACUCUUGCCGCACCAUCAAAGUGCCUCACUGCGUGGACUGCCUGCAGGGCAUCCUGAGCGUCAUCCCUCUGCAGCUGCUGUCCUUCCACCUGGCUGUCCUCAGAGGAUACGACGUGGACUGUCCAAGAAACCUGGCCAAGUCUGUGACGGUAGAGUAGAUGGAGUCCGUCGCCUGAUGACAGAAGUCUGACAGGCACACAUUCAAACACUGACGUCAAGGGAGCAUCUGUAUGAAGAAGAGAAAACUGCGUCCUUUUUGGGUUUCCAAUGUUGUCGCUCUUUUUAAUGCAAUAUUUUAGGCGAGCCUUGUGAAUGUCUGUCGCAUUUUAUUUGUGUAUCACUGUGUUCGAUUCCUUAGAAACUUCUGGCUUCAUUGUCAAAUUACUUUUAGUGAUGAUUUGAGUGUGGUGGCAUCGUCGGGGCCGGCAUCUUUGUCACAUUAUGUUGUUUUACAUGAUAGCAGUCAACAGUGAGUAUAUGGUUACUUUUUUUGUUCAGCAAGUUGUGACCAAUCAGCACAUUUGUUGCUGAUUGGUCUCUGUGGGAGCUCAUCUUUAAGCUGUGGGCUGAAAGAAGUUCGGCUUUAAAGACCUUCCUGGCUCGUUUUCUCUUUUAGUGCAAUGAUUUGUAGGUUAGUUGGGAUAACUUUCCUUGGCAGCUAAUGAUUUAAAGCGUUUUACUCCUUGUCUGAAGUAAACCACAGACUUGAAUCAUUCCAAGCCGUAGGUCAUCUCUUCUUCAUAAUUGCAGCUCAGUUUUGUGUUAGUUUCCCAUCUUGGACUUUUUUUUUUUUCCUUCUUCUUCUUCCAAGGAUAAAGGAGUAGCAUCGCAUAUCAGAUCGUAGAAAAAUGCUCCUUGUGUAUGUUACAGAUCAGCAUUGUGUAACCGGAUGGGUAUAGUCAAAUUCUGAUUGGGAUUCUGUUGCCUCAAAGAGAUCUUGCUGCUUGUCUUGUGUUUAAUUACAGCUACAUUAACUGAAGUAAGUAGUUAAAUGUUUCUUAUCUGAAGCUGAAGCCCUCCUUCUGCCGCCAUGACAGUUGCCAUUGCAUUCUGGGACCAUUUGUUACUUGCGUUUCUUUUGUUUCCUAUGUUUUCCUUUUUAAGUGAGUUUAGUUUCAUUAUGCAGGGUACUUUAUUUUAAAAAGUGGAUGUUGCGGUUUUUCUAAAAUGUCAAACCAAAAAUCUGUGCAGCAGCUCUGACGAUUGCAAACCAAAACGCGUGCAUCUUGUGUUCAUCUACUGCUAUCGUAGCAAGCUCUAAUUUUGGCAGAUUUCGAUGUAUGAAGACUGUAAGGAGGACUGUUUACUGUGCACUGUCAUGGUUCUGUGUUUACUGAUAUAUAAAGUCAGAGGCGAUUUGUUUGUCUGUGAGCCUUGAUGCUUGUUUCCGUCAAAUGCUGGAGAAAGGACAACGUGCACGCAGUUCAGACGAGCAAUGGAAGUAGAACCGCACAUUUUUGGUUUGAAGAUAUUUAACACCUUUACGAUCAAGCCUUAAUGGGUCCUGAGCCAGAAAGGGGGGAUUGAAAAUAGAUAUUGUUACAGGUAAUUUUUAUUUUUUUUAAAUCCUCACUUAUCUUAUUGAUUUUUCUUUUUCGACUUGAUGAAGUGACCAGUGGGAUGUUGUUGGAGUUGAUGCAAUAAAGUGUCUGAAUUUGUUUGCUUUAAAGAUGCAAUGUAAUUUUCAUUCAUUACCUGAUGUACACUGACAAUAAACACAACUAGGUGAAGAAUGUGUUUGUCCUGCAGGAUCUCACAACCAUUAAGAUUUUUUUAAACACUCUGAAAUUAAAAACUACAAUGUCAAA